AUGGGGCUGCUGUUCCUCUUUACCCUGUUCAUCUCGGUUCGGGCUGUGGUGGUUCUUCCUUCCAAUUUGACCGAUCUCAGUCAAGUACACUCCAAAGGCUUUCAACUUCAGGGUUCCAAUCUCACGCAACGAGUUGCCCCGUUAACCGAGGCCCUCUCUGGAGCGACCAGCGCCCACUUACAGUCCUUCAAUCAGUCUGGCACUGCCACCCAAGUGCAUCCGGGCAAUUCCAUCUCACUGACCGAUUCCGAGAUCGCCUGUAUUUCUUGCGAUCCUGACGACUACCCUGGCUUCUACACCGUCGACCAGACAGUUCAAACAGUUCUCACAGCCUCUGCUCUGCCGGCUGCUGUGCUGUUGUACACCCACUAUUCAUCGCACUGUAACUUGACAGCCGAUGAUCAAACUAUCGCCCGGUACAACAACAUCUUUACCCUUACAGGUCCUGGUGCCUGGUCAGCGCUGCAACGUACUUUCACAGAACCAUCCCCAACCAUUGCCAUCGUCUCAAUGUCGUUAAUGACCAAUGUCCCGACCGACACCGGUGAUUCCGGGAACUCCGGCGACAGUCCUAACACGGCUAUGAUCAUCCUGUACAGUAUUACCGGUAUCAUCACUGCACUCUUCCUGGGAAUCAUCAUCACCGGCGCCGUCCGGGCCCAUCGGCACCCAGAACGGUAUGGACCUCGUCGUAUCGCGGGACGAGUACGGCAGAGUCGCGCCCGAGGGAUAGCCCGCGCCAUGUUGGAAACAAUUCCCGUGGUCAAGUUUGGUGAUAACGAUGACGAAAUCGAUGCCGCCAAGCGGGACGUGGAGAUGUCCACUGCUGAGGAUCCCGCCCGCGAGCACUCCCCUCCACGCGACGGGAUCCCUGAAAACUCGACGCCGACCGAGUCCGAACUGCCCACUCCGGUGGACGAUGCACACCAUGCUCCCGCAGAGAAGACCGAGACGCCUGAGACUGGCAACUUCUCCUGUCCGAUCUGUACCGACGACUUUAUCAAGGGCCAGGAUCUCCGUGUCUUGCCCUGUAACCACCGAUUCCACAUGGAAUGCAUUGACCCCUGGCUGAUGAAUGUAUCCGGAACCUGUCCUCUCUGCCGCAUCGAUCUAAACCCACCGCCAGAAGAACCAACCGACCCAACUAACCCCACCGACCAACCCGCAGAAACCGGUGAAACUCAAGAACCAGAACCACCCGCCACCCAAGAACCCCAAGGAGGCCGCCACACCCACCGCCGCCUAACCAACUACCUGCAUGGCCCUCUCAACGCCCGACACAUGCGUGACGCCACGGUGGAAGAGCGCCUCGCCGCGCUCCGCCGCGUCCGCGAAGCAAACCAAGACCAACCCGCGGCCGAGCCAACCCCCGAAGGAACCCGCCGCCGCCUGACAACCCGCCUGCGUGAUAAGUUCCGCAUCCGCACGCGUGCUCACGGCGAGUCAGAGGAGACUGCCACUCACACCCCCGUCAGCGAAGAGGCCGAGGCCGAGGCUGAGAGCGGGCCUUCGAUGCCUGCAGCCCCUGCUGCUACUCACCCGUCCUCUUGA